AUGGAUGCGAUGACGGCUAUAAACAAUAAAACUAAAACGGCCGACGACGUUUUUCGUAAAGGCACGGUUGCAAAUAACCUCCUUAUAAAGACCCGCCGUGCUCUUGCCUCUCGUGUUAGCGAUGCUUCUUCCUUUCUUCGAGCCCGUAUCGCCGCUGCUUUCUUUGCCGCCGUUAAUGCUAAAGGUCCUUUAGCUAGCUUAAGUCUCGUCCCGGCGUUACGCUUACUUGCCGCCGCUGCUACCGCCGAUCCAGCUUCGCUAGACUUGCUGCGUCAGAUCUUAGCUGCAAUAGAUCGAAACAAUACUUUGCUAAGUAACUUUCUUAGCCGCCAAAGAGGCUCCGCCGAAGUGCUCGUUAAGCUUUUAAUCGCGGCAAUACCGGUGGUUUCUUUUCGCAAGGUUCUAGCCGUAAUAAUACUCGUGGUUCUACGAAGGGUUCGAGUCGUAGCAAUAUCGGUGGGACUUCGAGGGGUAAGAGCAGUGCCCAAAGUGCUGCGAAGGGCUCUCGUACCAUUCCAUCUAGCCUUAAGUUAUAAAGUCGAAAGGGUUUUUAUCGCGUGUCGGCAGCUUGCUAAGUAG